AUGCUGUACCAUACAGUGUUGCCUACAACUGCUUGUAGCUUCAUUGUAGCUGUGAAUGCUCUGUUCCUCUCCUUUUCACCAAAGAUGCGUGAGCAUACUGGAUUGAGCUGUGCGUGGCACAGCAUUCCCCACAUGGUAGGCAAAGGAGGAUGUGGUCUGAUAGCUCUGCCCAUGGGGCAGCCCUCCUGCCAUUACAGUGUCAAAACGUUGGUUUUUUUGAAGGUUUUUAUUGGUACUGACUUUACAAAGGCAAAAUUCCUCCUAAAGGAAGCAGACAUGAAAGAUACCGAAUUAGAGGCUACACAAAUUGAGAGACCAUCAAUUGCACAAAAGGAAACACAGAUUUAUGGUUCAUCUACAUCUUACACAGUUUUAAGACUGCACCUAGGUAGACAAGAGAGCCUUAGAGACUGA